AACAGAAUGUAUCUUGAAAUCUCUCGUAAAAAAGAACAAAUUGCAGUGAUCACAUGCAUCUAUUGUCUCACAAAACAGUAAUCUUCUACUUAAGACGAAGCUUUCAAAGCAGAUAAAUUGGAUAACUCUGCCUGUACGCCGGGCAAACGGGAGCGCGUGACAUACAGGCAGUGAAACGCUUGGUCAAAAGCUUGAAAUGCGGCUCUACGGUCAUGUUUUCAUCCUUGGCAUCACUGCGAUCGUCAGCGCCCUAUCUAACGAGCAACGGUAUGAUAGUUACGUAGCAGUUUUGAAAAACUGCUUGAAAGAACACGGACUGACAGAAGAGAUUUACGCGUACGCAUCCGCAACCAACAACACGGACGGCGCAUACGACAAAGCUAAAUGUGCGGAUUUGUGUAUGUUCAAGUCACUGAAAAUAAUCAAAUCUGAUGGAUACAUUGAUCUUGAAAAGGCUUUAGAACAUUUAUUGUCUGGAGAACCAGGGGUCCAACGAGAUAUUAUGCGAACCAAUAUCGAAAAGUGUAGUAAGAAGAAAGAAGACAACGAUUGCGAUACCGCUCAUAAUAUGAUGAUGUGCGCAGUAGGGACGUACUAGCGUUUGUCCGAAACGAAUGCAAUGUGGAUAACUAGUGCACACUAGUGCAGUCUGCACGCAGCUUGUAAUUUAUUUUAAAAUCUUCACUUUAUUAAAAUAUUUUAUCAAAUCAUUCGUGUAUUUAUUUUUAUUAUUUUGUAUAAUCUAUUUGAAAUUCUCUGGAUAUUUUAAAGAUCAAAUACAGGAGUAAAAGGAACAUUUUACUACGUGUGAGCUUGCGGUUAAACGCCGAGCUUAUUAUUCAAUCAA